AUGACAACUUGCAGAGUUAUAACCCACUCGCCGCCGUGUCGAUAAGCAGGGAAUUGUAGAUGUUAAAAGGAGGAGAAGAAGAGUCUCGGAUGACCUUUAGUGUCAUUGUCAAUCCAGUUUUCACUCCACUUUAAUAUUCGCAUCGCUCCACCAAGUUAGAAAAGGGGAUCCGUGCGUCAGUGGAAUAAGACCCUUUCCACACUUCCUCACCUGAAGUGUCCCCUACCUUACCUUCCUCGACCAGCGCGUGGAGAUAGUGGGAAGCCCGCUGAGCAGACUUGAAGAGCUUUAUUUGCCCGAGGCGGAGAGCUGACAUAAAGCCGGGUGAAGGACGUUAACAACUGAGAAGUGUGUACAUCAGCCAUGGGAGCCUCCAGCACUACUUCGAGGAAACUUCCUCUGCUCUACUUUACCUUUCUGUGCGCGCUCACAGGCAUAUGGGCCAACUUUUUAAUACCCCUGAAAUAUGUAGAAGUGAUCGAGGGUCAGUAUGUGGAGCUGCACGCCUCGUACACUGGCGGCAACCCAAAUUCCAAGAGCAUCGCCUGGAACUUUUUGAUGCCUAACACCACCCAGAUGAAAAUGAUCAUCUCCUACACCAACAACAAGGUGAAUGUGUUUGACGGACAGUUUAAAGACCGUGUCGGUUUCCUAAGUAAGAUGCCAUCAUCAGACGUGUCGUUCUACAUCAACAACACCAGGGAGGCCGAUUCAGGAAGCUACAUCUUGCAGAAUAUUAAUGAUGGUAUUACUGGUACAGUUCCCCUGGAUGUGAAAGUCCCUCCUUCUGUUCCGAAGUGCUCUAUGACAGGGAAGCCAGAGCUAAAAGGAAACGUUACUCUGACCUGCAAGUCCAGCUCUGGGAAACCUAUUCCUUUGUACAAGUGGAAGAAAACCAGCCCCACCUCUGAGGUCUUCUUCUCACCCAUGCUCAAUGAGAAGACUGGCACUCUGAAGCUGAACAACCUGAGCAGCAACAUGUCGGGGAAAUACGUGUGCACAGCCAGCAACACGGUGGCAGAAAAGACCUGCGAAAUCGACCUGCACAUUACCAACUCCAAUAAAGUGGGCGUGAUCGUUGGUGCCACAGUUGGCUCAGUGGCUGGCUUCAUCUUCCUCCUUUUUGUGUGCCUCGCUUUUGUCUUCAUGAUAAGGAGGCGAAACAACGAGGAUGACUUGGCCAACGAAAUCAAGGAGGAUGCUCAGGCUCCCAAGCGUGUGUCAUGGGCUAAGAGUGGCAUGGGUUCUGACAUCAUCUCCAAGAAUGGCACCCUGUCCUCCAUCGCCUCCAGCCCACACCACAAAGAGUCCUCCCAUCACCACAACAACCACCACCACCACCUGCAGCAGUACCCACAGCGUCCCCCCUCAGACACUGCAUCCAUCAUCACCGCCACAGGCAGCAACGCCGGCUAUAGACCGUCCCGCCACCAAGGGGCCUCCACUCCCACCCAUUACAGCUACAACAACAACACCACCCUGCCACGUGAACAGCUAUUGUCCCCCGAGGUCGGCAGCAAUGGCGGUUCCAUGCCCAGACCCGAGCGCUACACCCAGUUGCCCCAGGCACAGGCGCUGCCGCAAACAUACAACCAGCCUCGGCUGCAGCUCCAGACCACUCCCUCCCCGCCACCACUGCCCACCUCCACCAUCAUGGCCUCCAACAUCUCCCGAAUGGGAGGAGUGCCCAUUAUGGUUCCUGCACAGAACCAGGCCGGAUCUCUAGUCUAACAUGAGCUAAAGAAAUACUGUCCCUUUACAUUCUUACAAAGGGUCAAUUGCAGAUUUUUCAAAGGGACUUUAUUAAUAUUUAGCAAAGAAUUCAAAGUGAAAAGGUCAUUUACUGAUGCCAACAAGCUCUCAGACACACUGUUUACUUCCUUUAAAUAUAAUUACUUAUAGUUCUUUUAUAUUCUGUAUGCACUGUACACAUUUGAAACUAUGUAUAGAUAUGAUUUUCAUACAUUUGUCCAGUAUCCUCUUUUAAUGUUUAAUGUUUUCGUUUUUCAUAUUUGGAAUUUUAAAUGUAAUUUCUUCUAAACUGUUUUCCUCCUGCCAUUUAUGAACCGCAGCUGGAACACCGUGUGUGCAAAUCUCACGGAUGGAAAAAAAGAGCACCAGCAUGCUACACUUUAUCCAUUGUCUUUACUUAGGGAAACUACCUGAAGGACUCAUAGGUCAUUACUGUUCAAGAAGGAGAAUGUUGCUCAGAAACACUGGGUUUAAUCUAUGUAUUAACUAUAUUUCAGCACCAGACACGAGAAAACAACAUAAUGUGUUAUGUGACAAAGUUUGGCUUUGCAAAGUAUCCUAAUCCUUUUUUUUCUGGCUUUACUUCUGUUGGGUUUUCAACUUAUAAAAUGCUUUUAAACUCACUUCUUUAAAUACAGUUGAGCAAAAGCUUCUGAUCAUAUUGAGCUCUGUUUAGGACUGCAGAGCUGUAAAUUUGCUUUUAUUCUUGACUAGUACUAAUCACUAAUAAUUUAAAGUUGCCUGCACCAUUCAAAUUGUAAAUAUGUGUAUUUUGGGGCUAAUUGGUAGCACGUUGUUGGGUGCAACCUUUAUGGAAAACAAUUUAAAGAAACAGGGGACAUGUUUGCCUUUAAUACCACUUUGUGUUGGCAUUGUUUUGUAUCUAAGUCAUCAUCUGCCUCAUCAGCAUAAAUUCAUCAUUUGGACCUGUUCUUCUAGACUGGCGCAAAGAGCUUAUAGCAUUAGAGAAAGACACCUGGUGAUCACACAGUUCCGCACAGUGAGGAUGAAGCUCUUGCGUUUAACAAGAGGGAGCAGGAGCCGCCACCUUUGACCAGUAAUGGAUCAAGAAAACUGAAAAAAUAUACCAUCUGCCACAACCCAACCGGUUGCGGCACAUGGCCCCUCCCCUCCCUUAGCCUGGUUCUGCUGGAGGUUUCUUCCUGUUAAAAGGGAGUUUUUCCUUCCCACUGUUUCCAAAGUGUUGGGUUUUUCUCUGUAUUAUUGUAGGGUCAACCUUACAAUAUAAAGCGCCUUGAGGUGUCUGUUGUUGUGAUUUGGCGCUGUAUAAAUAAUAUUGAAUUGAACUGAAGAUCAAAAAGAGGCCACCAAAGAUAUCAGCUAGCAGCAGAGCACCACUAUGCAUCACAUCAGGAUUAGAAACAUAAGGCAGGUCUCCUUUCAAAAUUAGUACAAUUCAGUACUAAUGUAUUUAAACUCCUUGGAAAAAAUGCCUCAAUAGUGGAUAUACAAUUGUGUAGCACAUUUGAAAAAUUUCUCUAGUUUCUUUACUUGAGUAUAUCAAGUAUGCUGCUCAGCAUUCAGAAUUUCACAUCCUACUGACAGAAAUAUCGGGGGAAAUGGUAACAAGGCUAAAGCGCAUGAAAGUCUGUUUAGAAGGUGUUAUUGGUGAAUUUGCAGCAUUUCUUAGAGAAAGAAAAUAGGGACAAUACAAUGUUAGUUCAGCAAAUUUGAGCCAUUUUAUCAAGUUUCAUUCAACCUUUUUGGCUGAAAACCUAAAGACUCCAUCAACAUUAUUGCAGGACCAUCAGUCUCGCAAUAAUGUUGUUCUGUACACUACAGAUACUCCUGGAAUCGCGACCUCUUUAGACUUUCUUCAUGCACCUUGGAAGUUAACAAAUGUGUUUCACUUUGCCUCUAAUCUGAAACAAAUAAACUAGAUUUGGUUCAGAGACUAUUUUCCAUUUCCAAAAUGUGUGGACAUGUUUUGAAUAAAAACAGUUGUGAGGGAGGCACUGUUUUGUAAAAAUCGCAUUUGUAAGAAUGUAUCCAAAUAGCUAAGGUCAUUUUAAUACACUGAAUGAUUUCAGAACUUCCUUUCAAAAGUUAAGAGCUAAAAGUAUUUAUUAUGUUUUUACACGUUAGGGCCAUUUGUAAUGUCUGUUGUUACUGAAUAUGAUUUAGAUUUGGAAAAGAGAAGACAGUGUGGUCAUAUUCUGCUGUAUUGUAAUUACACUGGAGCAUAUGUUUGUUAUUUAAGCUUUCGGUUAAUGUGCACAGAUAUUUUUACAUUUAUUUUCAUGACAUUCUGAAAUGAAGGCUGAUGAUGCUGAAGGAAAACAUACUGUAGAUGCAUCACGUGCAAACCACUUGAGAAAAUAAUCUCAAGACUAGAGCCAAGUGGAAAGAUUUCAUGAGGGAAGUUGAAAGAAAAAAGGAAAUCUGUUUGCUGUGCAUUUAAGACUCUGUGUCCUUUAAAAGUGUACAUUAUGGACAUUCAAAUGUAUUCAACGCAAGCCUUUAUUUUUAUAUUGUACAUGUAUAAAAAGCACAUUAAGAAAAGAGAAAGAAGUGCUCACUAUCACACUGAGUUAUAAACCAGCGUGGAUUGUAUAACUGCUGUGGACAAAUUGGUGGCCAAACAAAUAUGCUUAUUUAUACAGACGGCCUAAACUGUAGACAGUAAUGUGCAGUGUGCACUUGUAUCUUCCAUAUUUAUGUUCAUUGAAAAUGCUUUGUAUUAUAUUUUCAAUUAAAAUAAAAAAAGAUCA